AUGGCCGAUAAAGUGGACUUGAUCAUAUGCGUGUUCGAUACGACAAAGCUGGACAUGAGCGACGAGUUCAAGCAGGUCCUCAAGGUGAGUUUAGUGGUUGAGUUUGAGGUUUAUGAUAAUGGUUUUUUAAAUUGAAACUUGGGUUUUAAAAAAUAACUUUGAGAGCUUUUUAAACUGAAAAUUAUACGGUAAAGACAUCACUUUAGGGCCUGACUGGAAAUGACGAGAAGAUCAAGAUCGUACUGAACAAGGCUGAUUGUGUUAGUCCAAGUGAACUGGUCAGGGUGAGAGGAGCUUUGAUGUGGGGGCUGAGUAAGAUCAUUGACACACCAGAGGUACCCAAGGUCUACAUUGGGUCUUUCACCGAUGAAUUGAAAAAUGUAAGUCCAUUGGUAUAUCAAAGGUCUGUACCAUAUACCAAGUCUCAUGCAAAAUUUCAAAAUGAAUAAAAUUUGAAUUCAAAAAAUUAAAAAUGAGAUAAAAAUAAAAUUUCAGCCCAACAUUAUGAGCGUCUUCAAAUCAGACUACAUGGACCUGUUCCAUGAAAUUGAACAAACACCAACAAGAUCAUUGGCUCGAAAAGUAAAUGACAUGAUCAAGCGUGCCAAGAAGGUCAAACUUCAUGCCAGAAUCAUGACUGAAAUCAUGAGGUUAAAGGUAAGAAUUCAUUGAGUUUAUAAUUAUAUUAUGAAGUCUAUAACAUCAUCCUCAUGUGUCGCUUUUAACGUAAAAUCUGAGUUGAUGUAUGACUUGCUUUAUAUUAAAAUACUAAUCUUGAGCCAAAGUCUUGAGCAUUUCUAGUGCCUUUCAUAACACAAAACACUGUUGUUGACUAAACUAACUCAAGAAUCAAUUUUAGAGAAUCAGCAAAGGAAACGGACCACCGAUGAAAGCCCUAACAACACCAGUCGUCAAGCUGGCCUUCUUCAACGUGCAAAAAGACCUCGCCAUCACUGAUUAUGACAUGCCCAACUUCCAAGUACGGUAAAAACUUAUCUUUUCGAUUUGCAUAGUACAGUUACAAUCAUAAUAACAUAUUUUCAGAACUUUUUAGAGAAAGGAAAACUCACACAAGCCAAGCACUGGAACAAGAUAAACAAGAAAGAAAUGGAAAAACUGGACCAAUUCAUCCUACAAGACAUUCCAAAGUAAGUCCAAAAUCAUACCAUAGUAUAAACUUAUUUGUAAAUGAGCCAAACUUAAUCUUCAACGAAGUUCGGCUCAUUUACAAUAUGAAUACUUCAGCUUCUUGUCAAAAGCCUUAUCUUAUCAAUUCAGAAUGCUCCAACUCCUGCCUCACGAUGAAAAGAACACAGAAUCGAUGAAAGAUGCCUUCGCCCGCCUCCGUGACAUCGUCGAGAAGGCAAAUGAAGAAGAAAAGAAGAGCGACGAAACCAGCAAGAAGGGAAGCAAGAAGGAGAGCAAGAAAGAAAGCAAAAAGGACAGAAGCAAGAAGAAAGACAAAUCUAAAUCAAGGUCGAAGUCCAAGAGUAAAGAGGAGAAGAGCAAAGAAGAUAGUAAGAAGAAAAACAAGAGUAAAGACAAGAGCGAUAAAAGUAAAGCAGAGAAGAAGGAGGAUGAGAAGAGUAAGGGAGAAAAGAAGGAGGACAAGAGUAAGGCCGAGAAGAAGGAAGAGAAGAGCAAGAGUGAAGUCAAGGAUGAGAAGAGUAAAGGAGAGAAGAAGGAUGAAAAGAGUAAGGGAGAGAAGAAAGAAGAGAAGGAAAAGGAAGAAAAAAAGGAUGAAAAGAGUAAAGGAGAGAAGAAGGAAGAAAAGGAGAAGAGUAAGAGCGAAGCCCAAGAAGAUAAGGACAAGAGCAAGGCCGAGAAGAAGGACUGA